CUCAAGACGAGCACUAACAGGUUUCGCGACUCAAGAUGAUCAACGACUAGCGGGUGUUCCGCACUCGAUGGCACGUCACCAUAGCCCCGGAAUUAUAUCCGCCGUCAUUUUCCGCUCAUCUCAACUGUCCAUCAAUUUCCUCCUAUGCCGCUCAAAGUGUCGUUCAGAUGAAACGUACUUAAUCGUAUAAGAGGCACAAUCGCUACAUAAAAUCCUCCACCAACCGUUCCUUCUGCAUCAGCUCGCUUAACAUGUCUUCUAAAGACUACGAUGCCGCAAACCACAAGUACGAUGCCGAAAAGGAAAUCAAGCGCAACCCGCACGGCGACUUCAAAGCCGUCGAAGCCUCACGCCCACCCUUUGACACAUCGACAACCUUCCACUUUACACAAACCCCUAAGCCAGACUGGAAAACCGGCUCUGGUCCCAACAAUGCCUCCAGCCUCUCGAAACAACACCGCGCAAUCGACCCCUACGAAGAAGGCCGCCCCGUAGUACACAAUUAUAAGUUGUUGAUUAGUGCCAUCAUCCCCCGACCUGUCGGGUUUACGAGUACGAUUUCCGGCGACGGGAAGAGCACAAACCUUGCGCCCUUCAGCUACUUCAACAUGGUGAACCACGACCCACCGAUCUUUGUCUUGGGUUUCGCCGGGGGAAUGGACCGGGCGAAAGACACGCUUAAAAACCUCUUGGAAACGAAAGAAGCAGUCAUCAAUAUCAUCAGCGAGGAGUACGUCGAGGCAGCCAAUUUCACCUCCACUAAUGCGCCCGAGGGCGUUAGUGAGUGGAGUUUCGCCGGCUUGACGUCAGAGAAGAGUAAGGUUGUGAGACCAGAUAGGGUCAAGGAGGCGGUGUUUAGUGUCGAGGCGAAGUUGGUGGAGACGAGGGAGUGGACGAGUAAGAGUGAGGCUACACCGGGGAAGAAGACGGGUGUUACUGCUUUCCUUGAAGGCGUUAAUUUCUGGGUGAGGGAGGAUGCGAUUGAUGAGCAGGGCGUGCUUGUUGAUCCAGCGGUGAUGAAGCCGAUCUCGAGGCUGGGAGGUAUUACGUACGCGCGGACGACGCAGGCUUUUGAGUUGCCUAGGCCGGAUUAUAAGGAGGUUACGAAGGAUCCCGAGGUUGAGAAGCUGGCGAGGCCGAAGGGUGAAGGGCAAGAGUAGGUGAUCAACCUCACGUCUUCGCUUAUCGUGGCUAUGUCUCUGACGUCCUAGAAGGUCACGAGGCAAGUUGUGAGAGGAGCGGUCGGAUGCGCUGGCGUUGCUUACAUGGAUGGGGAUAUCCUGUAGAAUAGUAGAUGGAAGAACAUGUCUUGCCUCAGUUGCUCGCGCAGCUUGAAGAUAUCAACUUCGAUCUUCUUGAAGCAAAGAGAACAUGACUGCAGACGAGUAAGCAACGUGCGCGCCGCCUCAGGAAAUGUG